AUGGCAAACGUGGCAAACGUGGAACCCAAGAAGAGCGGCUUUUGGGGGAUACUCUCCCUGCGCUCAAGCAAAGAGCCUGGGCCAAGAAAGAAGCUGUCCAAGAAAGGUUCAACAAUCAACGCAGGUGGAUCUGGGAGGCUUGAUCCGGGCAUCGUGGCCAAUCCCCAACGUCAAGACUCAGGUAGUUUCAUCAACCUGAACAUGGGCGAUUCAACCCUUCCAACGUAUGAUGAGUUGACGCGACUUCAACCACAUGCAUUGCGCGACAACCCUUACGCGGCAAUGGGGCCUGUGGCUGGGGACAAUCACCUGCAGCCACCUUUUGACAUGCAACUAUCCGAGUAUCGUCGAACCUCUGAAGGAAAACAACAAUAUGCUGCGCCCUUGUAUGAUCUAGAUACUUCACGAACUGCUUCAGUACCAACGUUACGAGAUGCUCACUUCAGUGAGAAAGCUUUGCGAGGUCCGCCCACAAAAGCUCCAGCCGCGAAACUCAGCAAGGCACAUCGAGCUCCAGUAAAGCAAGCAAGGCCUGACGACAUCCUUGACAAAGACACUGAACCAAACAUCACAAGCCUACGACCCUUCCUUGCCCGACGGAACCGUGGUUUUGGCGAGUGUCUCACCCGAACUCUGGUUACAAGUGGCCGACUAUUUGACACCUUUAGAUGUGGCUAA